UAUAAAUAUAUAUUUAUAUGUUUAUAUAUAUAUAAAUAUAUAUUUGCAGACAAUAAUCAGCUAUAGCUAAAGAUAUAGACAUUUGUCUGUAGACAGAUCCGAACUAAGCGUGCAAAUUGAUGAAUAUAUAAUGAGCAGAACGGGCCAAAACCCAUUACACUAAACGAGACACAAAUCAACAGAAGCAGCACCAGCAGCCGCAGCAGCGGAUCAGGUAGAACUAGCAUUAGAUACUGUGUGCCCAACAAAAUGGCACGGCACAUAAUGGCCGUGUGUGUGGUGUGCCUGCUGUGCGCCCAGCGGCUCCACUGUCAGGAUCAUCUGGAGGACGCACUGGCCACACAGCGCGAUGAGGUGGCGUUAAAUGCGCGAUUAGUCAAUGGAAAUCUUAGUCCCUCCACUGAAAAAACAACAACCACCGAUCAGCGGCAGCUAGCGCAUGAGGAUGAUACCCAAAAUUAUAGCACAAGUCCGCCCUACAGGAGUCACAAGCGUCGUGCAAGUCACGAGCACGAGCAUGAGCACGAGCACGCGCACGGAUCGCCACAGCAACAGCAUGUCCCGCAGAUCACUCAAUACUUUCUGCAGCAAUUGAUGCAACAGCAGACGCUAAAUGCCACCAGUUUUCAAAGUCUGAUCCAACAAAUUGGACUGCAGCAGCUUGUCAACAGCAAUGAGAGCCUUGUCAGCAAUGAUAGCUGUAUAACCGUUGAACGACUGGUGCAUCAUGUGCAGCCGCAUGAUCUCAGCCAUCAUGGGCAACAUGGCGUGGAACAGCAGCUGCUGUUGAGCAACUGCUCGCUCUCCCCCAAUAGCAUUAAUGGCACAAGCAAAGCCUGCGCGUCACUAGACAGCACACCAGCGCCGCCAGAUCAUCAUCAUAGAAACUAUGAGCUCAGCGAACGGGAUUUGCUGCAUCUGUGUCCAGUGCUGUUACAUGAGCUGGCAACUAGCAGCGGUGGCUGCAUCCAACCCUCUGUCCUUGCUGAGAUUGACAACUACGAAAUGCAACAGAAAAAUAAUAUUGUGCAUGUGUGGAUUUAUUCGUUCAUUUCGGUGUUUGCCUGUGGCAUUUUGGGCCUGAUGGGCGUGGCCAUUAUACCAUUCAUGGACUCUCGCUAUUACAAAUACAUUAUUCAAUAUCUGGUGUCGCUGGCCGUGGGCACCAUGACCGGAGAUGCACUCUUACAUUUACUGCCGCAUUCGCUGGCUGGCCAGAGUGAGCACGGCAUGAUUAUGAAGGGAUUGGGUUGUCUGGGCGGCAUCAUCUUCUUCUAUGUGACGGAGCAUGCGUUGACCAUGAUAUCGGAGUGGCGCAAGAGCGUCGAAAAGAAGGAAACUAAGAGACCGUCACGCGCCAAGGUCAUGCGUGAUCCGGACUCAUCGGUAAACAAUUCGGUGGCUGGUGACAGGAUGUGCAAGCAAAAGUACAGCUCUUAUCCGUACUGCUAUGACGAGAUCGCGAUGAACAACAAGCAAGACGUUUGGAUGCAUUUGCCCGAUGAGGAUGCAGUCGCUGUAGUGCCAGCAAUUGCUGGAGCUGGCGGCGAUGCAUCCACUGGUGGUGAGUGCAGCAAUCGGCGCUGUGACAGGACGGAAGUCGAAGGAUCCAGUGAAGCGGCCGCACAAUCGCUGCUCUCCACCUCCCUCAACAACUAUGCCGAAAUGAAUAACCACCAUCAUCACAAUCACAAUCAUGGCCACAGUCACAACAAUCAUCAACAGCCACAGGACAGCAAUAAUACGGCGACCACUGACCUCGAGAGUAACUCGGCAACGACAAAUGGAGGCAAGGACAAGAACGAUCAUGUGACUGUCAUCUUGCGGGAGCAUGAAUCGUCGCAUCACGGCCACAGCCAUCGACAUGGACACGUCCACUCGCCACCAGAGACGCUGAGCGCCGUUGCCUGGAUGAUCAUCAUGGGCGAUGGUCUACAUAAUUUCACCGACGGCAUGGCCAUUGGUGCUGCAUUCGCCGAGAAUAUUGCCGGUGGUUUCUCCACCUCGCUGGCCGUCUUUUGUCACGAGCUGCCGCAUGAGUUGGGCGACUUUGCUAUACUGAUGAAGGCCGGUAUGUCGGUGAAAUCGGCUGUGUACUAUAAUCUGUUAACUGGCGUGCUCAGUUUCAUUGGCAUGAUAUUUGGCAUUGUGUUUGGCCAGUCACAGGAUGUGGCCCAAUGGAUGUUUGCCGUAGCGGCGGGUCUCUUCAUCUAUAUUGCGCUGGUCGAUAUGAUGCCGGAGAUUUCUGCUUCUCACAAAUCGCUGUGGCAGUUUAUGCUGCAGAUUCUUGGCCUGCUGAGCGGUGUGGUCAUUAUGCUCUUAAUUGCAUUGUACGAGGGUCAAUUGAUGAACGCAUUCGGCACAUCGCCGACGCAUCAUCACCAUGUGCACUAAAAAAAAAGAACGGAGAAUUCACUGAAAAGCCACGCAGAGAAUUUUGUAGCGUAUUAUGUGUAUUUUUUCAAAGUAUAGGUUUUUUUAAAUUUUGUAUAAUUGUAGUAGUUAUGUUAUUUACCUUAGACACACUAACACACACACAUACACACAGAGACAUAGCAAGUCAUUAAGUAAUAGACAUCAAUAAGAUUUCGCAUUUGUUAAUCAGUUUUUGAAACACACACAUUUACCACACAUGUUUGUUAACUGCCACUAAAACGCUGUCAGCAAAUUGAUUUUGUUCCUAAAUGUCACCACAUCCAAUUUGCGUUCGUUUUCGAAUAAGUUUGAAUUGAUUUACAUACAAAAAAAAAACUCAAACUCAAACACAUACUUAAUGUAAGAAACUUUCAAUGUGCAUAAGCUAUAAAGUGAUUAUGAAUUUAAAAAAAAAAAAAACAAAAUCGAAAAAAGCAAAAAAGGUGAAUUUGCUUUAAAAAGAUAAUAGAUGGAAAAUAUUGAAGAACAAGAAGAGAAACAAUAAUUUGAAUUGAUAAUUGAUACACACUGCAUGCACUGAUGAAUAUGAAUAGAACUAAGGAGAUCAUUCGGAACGUGUCUCAAAGUCUAAUCUUAUGUACACUAAAAACACCAAUCUAUACAUUUACGAUUUGCGAUUUAAUAUUGUAUAUGUAGCGUGUAUAAGGGCAUAAAUUAUAUAUACAUAUAAUUAAUUUGUAUUUUGUAGUCUGUACGGUGCGCACGCUUAUGUUUAUUUCACACCAGUUCAACGAAUCACAUUCUAAAGAGCAGCAAAAAAAAAAAAAAACGAUGUAAGCCCCACUGCAAUAUUUUUAUAUUUACCAAUAUAUUAUAUUUUUGGCAGUACUUAAGGAAUUCAAUGUAUCUACGAAAUUAUUUAAACUUAAUUUAUUUAUACUGUAGUACGAACCAUUAGGGCAUGCUCAUAACACCUAUUUCUUGGCACCUACGUUUAUUUAUGUUUUUUGUAAUAAACAGGGUUUAAAUAUACUUUAUACUUAUGUUUUUUGCUAUGA